ACUGUGAACAGCGUGUUUUUUUGCCUAGUUUGUUGUGUGGUUACGUAAUAAUAAUAUAGUUUAAGGACAGUAAACAUGAAGGUAUCUUCUGUUAUUUGAAUAAUCAUUAGUGGGUAUGCCUAAACAAAUUAAUCUAUCAGUGUAAUCGUAAAUUAUACAUCAUUCAAAUGCAGAACCAACCAACGUUUUGGUCUGCGAAAAGACACGGAUUUGCUGUUGAGUUCUCACCGUACUUUCCGCAAAGGAUAGCCCUUGCAACGUCGCAGCAUUAUGGUAUAGCGGGUUGUGGAACGUUGUUUGUUAUUGAUGACACUCCAGCAGGUGGUGUUCUCCUUAAAAGCUUUGAUUGGAGUGACGGUUUGUUUGAUGUCACCUGGGCGGAGACUAAUGAGAAUCUACUUGUCACAGGGGGUGGGGAUGGGUCCAUCCAAGUAUGGGAUAUAGCACAGCCAAUGGGCCCUCUCAAAGUUAUGAAAGAACAUGGCAAAGAAGUGUAUGGAGUUGACUGGAGUCAAACACGGGAUGAGCAGUUGGUUGUGUCUGCAUCCUGGGAUGGAACUAUCAAACUUUGGGAUAUAACACAACCAAGUUCCUUAGCCACAUUUACAGGUCAUCAGCAUGUGGUCUACUGUGCAAUAUGGUCGCCGCAUAUUCCACGCUGUUUUGCAUCAGCUUCAGGUGACAAGACUCUUCGUAUCUGGGACACUAGGAAACCUUAUGAAGCUCGGAUGGUUAUCCCAGCAUGCAAUGCUGAAGUGUUGACUUGUGAUUGGUGCAAAUACAAUGAGAAUAUUCUUUUAACUGGGUCAGUUGAUGCUGCAAUUAGGGGCUGGGAUUUACGAACACCAAGAGAACCAAUUUUCCAGCUUAGUGGGCAUUCACAUGCAAUCAGAAGGAUAAAGUGUUCCCCCCAUGUUGGUAGUAUGCUAGCCUCAUGUUCGUAUGACUUUACUGUGAGGACGUGGGAUUUCAAUAGGCAAAGCCAGCCUUUAGAAGUUAUUGAGCAACAUUCAGAAUUUGCAUGCGGAUUAGAUUUCAAUCUCCACAAGCCUGGACAGAUAGCAGACUGUGGAUGGGAUGAAAAGAUGUUUGUUUACACUCCCAAAUCUCUGCUGCCCUCUGGAUGACGAUAUCAAAUAUGGCACCAAAAAAAAAAAAACUUAACCUUGUUAGUUAAACAUUAUUCAUUUGAUGAAAAAUGUCAUCAUGGUUCUUGAAUUUGACUCGUGUUUUUUCACUAAUCAUAUUAGUUAAUUGCUUAUAUUAAGGUAUUCAAAUCUAUUUCAGAAAAACCUCCAGUGAUAGUAAAAAUAUGCCAAUUUCAUAAUUUGUGUCUGAACAAAUAGGGAUUUUUUUACUAUGUAAAGAUGCAACACAGGGGUUCAACCCGGUUUUCAUAAAAUACAUAGCUACAUUUUGCUACAGUUUUUCCAACACAAUUGUUGCAAUGCAUAGCUGUCUACUACAUAAUUGGGAAAUGCUACCUAAUUGAUUCCCGAUAUGUCAAGAUAGUUGAACCAAGUUAUUAGGUAUCACUGCCAAAGAUUAAGUGUCGUAAUCUUAUUAAUUCAUAAAUACGAGGCUUGUUGCUUUUGCCCUGAAAGAAUACAGUUUAUACAAUAAACAGUAAAACUUAUGUGUAAGUGUCAUGGGCUAUUCUAUGUUACUUAAAGUAGUAAUGAUUCCCAACGAUAUUUUAUCCAGGAUAAGAGAUUGAAAACAAAUUCAAAUUUUUGUUUACUCUUUAAUAAACAAUAAAAAUUAAAGCACUUUUGAAAAAAUCCAGGCACUGCAUAAAAGGAUUAGCUUUUAAAAAAGAAUGUUGAUUACAAUAUUGUAUAUGAUUAUAAUUUUGAUACUCUGUUAUCAAUAAAAUUGAUACUAACCAUUUUAUCAUUAUUAAUGAUACAAUGAAAGUUUCUUUCUAGCUAGUAACAGCUGCCACACAUGUGAAUUGACUGGAGUAUGAAUGAAAAGCUCUAGGCUUAGAUUAAGUAAGUCUUGUACAGUGUAAUUGUCCAGUGUUAUUAUCUCCACUUUUAUAGUAAAAUCAAGUUUAAAGAGCAAUGUGAUGCAAUUUUGUCUUGCAUAUAACAGUUGAUUGUAAUCAACUGAAAUAUGACAUUAUGGUUCUAAAUUUUGUCAUAUAUUGUUAUUUUUAAAAUGAUUUUCCACCAGCAUAAUAUAUUAAGGUAUUUACAGUACAGUAUAUCAAUUAAAUCAAUUCUACUAAUUUGUUUCUGAUCAAGUAGAGAAUGUACACCAUGUGCAGACAUACACAGGAGAGGGUUAGUUUAUUUGACUUUUUUUUAUGAAAACAAAUUGUUUACUUAAAGUCACUUCAUAAAUGUACAUAUGAUGUCUAUACAUGUCUGGCUUAUAUUCCUUGUGUUCUCAAAUCUGUCAAUUAAUUACUAUAAUCGAAAUAUGUUUUAAUAUGUCAAUCAGUAUUCAAUGAUUAUAUUGCAAUAAAAAGUGUGUUCCAUAUAA